AUAGGUAGUGACCGAGAAAUUAACCAAAGAAAAAGAGGGAGAGGGAGAGAGGAGGCAGAAAACCAACGGUGAAGCAAACUAGCAAAGAGAAAAACCAUUAGCGCCCGCGCUUCUUCCUCUUAAACAAUCCUUUACACUGAUAAUCCUAUCAAUAUAUCAGUGCUAUAAUCAUAACAAAUAAUGACUAUUCCCUACCCUCAGCUUCUCUGUAUUACUUAUUACAACAGAAAUGGUAAGAUCAGUAGGAGGAAAACACAGUUUCUCAAAACCCAUCAUUCUUCUCUUAGCAUUCGUUGCUCUUCUUGGAAUUUCCUUAACAAGGGAUUUUCGUUCCGCUUCUUCCUCUCCUUAUAUUUCCCUUGCUAGCUCUUGGUCUCGUGACAAAUACCGUAUUGUUACUGCUAACGUCUCCAAUAAUAAUGACUCUCCAAAGAUUCAUGAAGUAGGAAAAAGUAAUAGGGAUCGCUACCCGGAGAGAGCAUUAGCAAUGACCUAUGCUGAUUUGCCUGCUCCUGAAUUAAAAUGGGAACUAAUGCCAUCUGCACCUGUGCCUCGUUUGGAUGGGUACUCAAUUCAAAUCAAGAAUUUGCUUUAUGUUUUUGCAGGAUAUGCAAAUUUAGACCAUGUGCAUUCUCAUGUUGAUGUGUACAACUUUUCAACCGAUUCAUGGACAGAGAGUUUUGAAAUUCCAAAAGAUAUGGCGAACUCACAUUUAGGGGUGGCUACUGAUGGAAGAUACAUAUAUAUUGUGACAGGACAAUAUGGUCCGCAAUGCAGGGGCCCUACUGCAAAUACAUUUGUUUUGGACACAGAAACCAGAAAAUGGGAAAGCUUGCCACCAUUGCCAGCACCGAGGUAUGCACCAGCAACUCAGCUUUGGAAAGGCAGACUCCAUGUGAUCGGUGGCAGUAAAGAGAAUCGUCACACUCCUGGAAUAGAUCAUUGGAGUCUUGCAGUAGCAAAUGGCAAAGCCUUAGAGAAGCAAUGGCGCACUGAAGUACCCAUUCCUCGUGGAGGACCACAUAGGGCUUGUAUUGCUGUUGAUGAUCAUCUUUAUGUAAUUGGUGGUCAAGAGGGCGAUUUCAUGGCCAAACCUGGCUCCCCUAUCUUUAAAUGCUCACGAAGGUUCGAGGUGGUUUAUGGCGAUGUUUAUAUGCUGGAUGAAGAUAUGAAAUGGAAAGGGUUGCCUUCUAUGCCAAAGCCGAAUUCGCAUAUAGAAUGUUCUUGGGUUAUUGUAAAUAAUUCUAUUGUUAUUGUUGGAGGCACAACAGAAAAGCAUCCUGUGACCAAAAGGAUGAUCUUGGUCGGAGAGGUGUUCCGAUUCGACCUGAACACACUGACAUGGUCCGUCAUCGGAAAGAUGCCAUACCGUGCGAAGACGACAUUGGCCGGGUUCUGGGAUGGAUGGUUGUACUUCACCUCUGGACAGCGGGAUAGAGGACCAGAUAAUCCACAGCCCAGGAAAGUAGUAGGAGAUAUGUGGAGAACCAAAUUGAGAUUGUCACACUGAUGACUGAUGUGCUACCAAUUCCUAGCGGCCAUGUUGCUUUACAAUUUUAUUGAAUGUCAAGGUUACCUUCAUUCAGUGUUAAAAGGAAAUGUUAGGUUUGUUGGUUAGUAUCAUUUUGCCUUUUGGAUUUUUUGUAAUGUCAAGGUUAGGUUUUUACUACCGAUGAAUGUGGCGGAAUGAAUGAGAUCCUUCCGCUCUUAAUUAGAUCUCGAGUUUAGAGAAAUUAUUGGAGGUGGGCAUUUUUUCGGGCCCUAUGUAGUGCAAAUCCAAAUUAAUCGGAUUUGUGGGUACAGGAUACCCGAUGGUUGUAAAAAAAAA